AUGAUUCCUCAGACAGAUAUAUCAGGAAAUCAUGUGGAUGAUGGAGAAGUUGGGCCCUCCAUAAGGAGGAAGAGGAGGAAGAAGAAAGACCCGCGUCCGGAGUCCAUCAUCGUCUACCGCUCUGAAAUGGAGAGGGCACCCGGAGAGGACCAGGGCACAGGAGGAGGUUGGAGCCUUCCUCCAGACAGCCGCUACGUCACCCUGACAGGCACCAUCACCCGAGGAAAGAAGAAGGGUCAAGUGGUGGACAUUCACCUCACUUUGACAGAGAAGGAACUCAGGGAUCUGGCUAAGUCGAGGGAACGUCUUGAUGCGGAGUGUGAGGGGGGAAGGCCUAAACGCAACUGCAGCUUAGGCGUGUGCGAGGGACCCCAUGUUGUCCUGUGGAGCGCUCCUGUGCACCCGUGGUUUUCCUCCUCUCCUCAUCACCUCCUUCUACAUGGCACUCUCACCUGGUACAAUGUUUUCCUGGUGUACAAUGAGGAGCGGACGUUCUGGCACAAGACACAAAUCCCCCUUCCUCAUCACUUCUACCCAGCUUAUCAUGCCAUGGCGCUGCUCUGGCUCUGUACCGCUGUGGUGCAGGUGUCCUGGGCUUUCAGCGAGUGGUGGUUGAGUAGACCGGAGAAAGGCUUCUGCGGUUGGGCCUGUGGGAAGCUGGGACUGGAGGACUGCUCCCCUAGACAUAGCCGAGCUGCUGACUCUGAUACUGUUUCUGCCCUGCAGAGUAAGGCUCCGAGUGAACUCGCCCAGACAUCGUCAGUGUGAAGUGGAGGGGGCGCUGAAGUAUAAGACAUAUGUUGAC